CUGACUCGCGUGUCGUCGUGUGGAGCAACCAGGAGCCUCACCGUGUGGGUAGCACGCACCGACAAGGAUCACAGGGAACGCUCUUUUCCUUGCAGCAGCAACAAGCUUGCAGCCAAAGCCAGCCGUAUAUCAGCUCGAGCGUCAAACAAACAGCACGUGCACUUCAACCUCGGACCACACAUCAUGACUCCUCGGCGGCAACAGCAACAGCAGCAGCGACAGGCGACAGCAGAGGGUGGCACGACGGCUCGGAACCCUUCGGCACCAUCAAGAUCACGCCUCCAAGGUUCAAGGGCUGCGUGUUCCAUGCUCACGGCGGCGGCGGUGGCAGCAGUGACAGCUCCGCUUUCGGCCGAGGCCUGGGUUUCACAUGCGGCUGCGCGGAGCUCACGCCAGGCACAGCCAUUAGGCUGGACGAGCAGGGGUAGAAGCGGAUACAAUCGCUGUCAGGUUCAGCGGCAGCGAGGUAGUGGUGGUGGCGAUCGUGAGAGUUCGCAGCUGUCUGGGCGUGGGGUUAGCGGGAGGAGGAGGAGGGUCGUGUCAUGUCGCAGCCAGGCCGUUGACGAAGCUUCAUCCACAGAGUACAAGCCAAUGGAGGAAGGGGACGAGGUUCUGAUCGACUUCGACGAGAGCGAGUUCGACGAGUCGGAGGACUUCUUCGCCGUCGAGGGAGAUGACGAAGACGAGGAAGAGGACGAGAGCACACGCGGUCCCGUGCAAGUGAUCGGGGUGGAGGAGGCCAUGGACCGCGUUCGGGAGCUGAAGAAGCUCGGCCCGCCGGUGCCAGUGAAGGGAGAGCGCGCCCGCUCCAAGCGGAGGUUUCCCGUCGUGGCCGUCAUCGGUCGCCCUAACGUAGGGAAGAGCACGGUAGUGAACCGGCUGGCGAAGCGCUUCAAGGACGGGUCGAUCGUGUUCGACGAGUCCGGCGUUACGAGGGACCGGACGUACAAGCGGGCGUGGUACUGCGGCAAGGACUUCGACGUGGUGGACACGGGGGGGUUGGUGUUUGACGACAAGGGGGGGGACGUCUUCGCGAAGGAGAUCAGGCAGCAGGCGCUGAUCGCGCUUGAGGAGGCCACGGCGGUCAUCAUGGUGGUGGACGGCAUGGCAGGCUGUAACGUGCUGGAUCAGGAGAUCGCUCGGUUCUUGCGGCAGCAGAAGGUGCCAGUCAUCCUCGCCGUGAACAAGUGCGAGUCCCAGAAGUAUGGAGAGAUCCAGACGGCGGAGUUCUGGUGCCUCGGUCUUGGCGAGCCUUGGCCAAUCAGCGGCCUUCACGGGGACGGGAUCUACGACAUGAUGGACAACGUGGCGGAGCACCUGUACGAGGUCGACGAGAGCGCGGAGGAGGAGGACAACAUCAACGUCGCUAUCGUGGGGAGGCCAAACGUUGGGAAGUCCAGCCUCCUCAACCGGCUUUUCGGAGAGACGCGGUCUAUCGUUAGCGACGUGCCGGGGACCACCCGCGACUCCAUCGACGCCAUGUUCGAGCGGGGCGGCAGGACCUACCGGCUUGUGGACACGGCUGGGAUCCGUCGCAAGGGCAAGGUGGACUACGGUAACGAGUUCUUCAUGGUGAACCGAGCGUUUAAGGCGAUCAGGCGAGCGGAUGUGGUGCUGUUAAUGGUUGAUGUGGAGGCCGGCAUCACCGACCAGGACCGUGUUUUGGCGGACCGCAUCCAGUCGGACGGACGUGCCUGUGUGGUGGUGUGCAACAAGUGGGAUCUGGUGGAAGACAAGGACGACUCCACCUACAACAAGGCAGUGGAAUAUGCGAGGCAAAUGCUGUCUCCGGUUAAGUGGGCGGAGGUUUGCUUCACUUCAGCGAAGACGGGGCAGCGGUGCACCAAGCUGUUCGAUCUCGUGGACGAAGUGGCCGUUCAACACCGGCGGAGGGUCAAGACGAGUGUGCUCAACGAGGUUCUUCGCGAUGCCGUGCUUUGGCAAGCGCCCCCAAGCAAGAAGUCCUCUGGCGCGUCUCAGGGCAAGAUCUACUACUGCAACCAGAUCGCGACUCGCCCGCCAACGGUGGCUGUUUUCUGCAACAACCCGAAGCUGUUCGGCGACAACUACAAGCGCUAUCUGGACCGCAAGUUCAGGGAGCAGCUGGGCCUCAAGUCCACCCCGAUUCGGUUCCUGUGGAGGGGCAAGAGGCUUCGAAGGAUGGAGCAAGAUAACCGGAGAAACCCCAAGCCCUACUCCGACAAGUAAACGCGAGACAAUUCUGCCACGACGACGACACAAUCGAACAGCAGAAACGUUGUGUCGCGCGGAAUAUCGGCCAGAAGCAAGCUGUUGCCGACCUUGCUUUGAGCCCUCUCUUGAGUGUGCGGCUACUACUGAACGACUGGAUGUUUGAGGGCGAACGCCGUGCUGUGGUCGUUGACCUAGACAUAGACUAGAGCGAAUCAUUGGAAGGGAUUACUCAUUUUUUUUCCGCCGUCAGCUGCUUUCCCUGAUCAAUAUGGCACGGCUUGUUCGUUUGGUUUGCAAAGAAAGAAAGCACAUCGAUCGGUCCUUCACAAGGCUACUAUGGAGGUGCCGACCAUGAACAUAUUUUCUCAGUUGCGUUUUUUACUCGAUCAUCAGGAAUGGCUGUAAGAAAGUGUGAAGUCAAGCACGCUGGAUCCUACGAUCUCUCGCCGUCUUAGCUCUGCGUGUGGUACCAUGUGCAUGCCUCCGCACCUCAUCUGCGUCCCCCUUAUGCCACUACGCUAGCGUCUGAAACCUGAAUGAAAUGCGCUCCUUGACAUUGACCAACCUCGAAGAGAUCACACGACCGACAGCCUGUAGCACGUGUGUGUGUUGGUGCGCUUUGCUCGUAUAUACUCAUUGAGAGUGUGUGCAUUACGCGGUGUGUGGACACAAGAGCGCAGUGGUUCGCCACUAGACGUAUGUGGACCGUCUUCGCCAUUCGGUCAAAGGGUGCGCGUUGUUUAGCUUCAUUCGUAAGCAGUCGUCGUGUGGGUGCGACAAAAAAAAGCACAAGAGGGGGCGGGGAUGGUGGGUUCAACACCAGCCAGCGUAGGGUGAAUCGUAGCAGCCAGGAGUAAAUGCGUUCGUCCAGGGAACGAAUGACUGUAUCCGUCCGUUCUAGCAACUUGUCUAGCUCCUAACUACAGCAUCCGAUGACGAUGGCACGCACAUGCUCGCGACGCUGCUGAUG